AUGCGUGCCCUCUUCUGGAACAUCCACGGCUUCGGCCAUGAUGGCCGCCCCCGCCAACUCAUCGAGUACAUUCGUGAUGAACACGUUGACAUUGUCGCCAUCCAAGAAACCAUGCGCACGGACUUCUCUCUUCCGGAGCUCGAUCGUGUGAGCUCCCACCUCUUCGCUUGGCAUUGGCUCCCUUCUAGUGGGAGCACCGGCCAUUCGGGUGGCAUCCUUUUAGGUGUGAAGGAUGCCACCUUCGAGGUGGGUAGCAUGGAUCGGGGCCAGUUCUUUGUUAGCAUGGAACUCUCCGAACAGGCCCUUAACUUCAAGUGGGAGGUCAUCAUCGUCUACGGCCCGGCUGACCACAGUAGGUCGGCCUCCUUCCUCGAGGAGCUCCACCAGAAUGUUUCGGCGGCCUCUCUUCCGGUGGUGGUUGGAGGUGACUUUAACCUCCUCUGGUUCGCGGAUGACAAGAGCAAUACGAAUGUCAACUUUGUGCGGAUGAAUGUUUAA